CCAUAAGAAUGGACAGCAAGCCGCUCGACGAUCCAUCGGCGACGUCGGACGCCGAGACCGCGCCCGUCGUGCCACGCGCGACGAAGGGCCCGCCCAAGAUGGCGCCGCCCAAGGCCGACGACAAGGCCGACGACAGCGUGGACGCAGUCAAGAAGCCCAAGAAGAAGGCGCCGCCGCCGCCGUCGGGCGCGCCACCCAAGUCGGCAGCCGCGGCCCUCCGCGCCAAGACGAACGGAUCGCCGCCGUCGUCGCCGCAGCCCAAAGUCAACGCGUCCGUGCAAAAGAUUCGAUCGGCUGCGCUCGCUGACAGCAGCGGCAGCAAGGAAGGCGACGGCGAGAAGCCAAAGCCCAAGAAGAAGCCACCGCCACCGUCGUCGGCGCCACCGCCCGAGGUAGCUGAUGCGGAUGCCAAGGCCAGCACCAACGAGGAGGCCAAGCUUGAGGCCAAGCCCAAGCCGAAGAAGAAGCCGCCGCCACCGUCCAAGGCGCCACCGCCCACGUCGCCGCCGGUGCACGAGGCCAAGGCCGAGACCGAGCUUUCACUCGAGGUCGAGAAGCCGAAAAAGAAGGUCGUCAAGAAGGCGCCACCGCAGCAUGUUGAUGUCUUGGCCACUGCACCCGUGGACGAGCCGGCUUACGUGGCACCCAAGCCGACACCCGCGGUCGCAGCACUGCCCAAGCGACGCAGCAUCGCUGAGCUGCUCAACGAAGGCAACGACGGCGGCGUCGUGCGUAAGAACACGACUGCGCUCAUGGAAGAAAUCGCGCUGCAGCCAAAGAACCAAGACGUAUUUACGCCCAUGGCGAUGGGGCCGACGACGGGGAAGGCGGCGCCCAUGAGCUCGUCGAACCGGCGCCACAUCGACGACGAAGAGACGUUGACGGUGACGCGUCAAGUCAAGAAGCAGCCGCCAGUGGUCGUGGCCAAACCGGCGCUGGACACGAGCAUGGACGACGACAUUGAGGAGAUUCCGUUCCUCGAGGCGGCCGACGCCAAGGGAGACGAUGAGGCAAAGGACCCGGAGAUUGUGAUGGAGAAGGCUGCGCCGCGCAGCACGACCCAGCACGAUAAGGUCGACGAGCCCAGCGACAACAACGACAACAGUGCGACGCACCCGCUACCCAAGUCCAAGACGGCGCUCGCCGACGCGCUCUACAGCGAAAUGAAGCAGCUUGAAUCCAUGGGCAAGGAAGACCUCCAUCGACGGCUCCAGGACAGCAAGCAAGACGACGCCGACGACGCCAAGAAACUGACACCCACCGACGAUGACGAGACCGAGCAGUCGGUCGAGGCCAAGCCGAAAAAAUCCCGCAAAACCAAGGCCAAGACCGUCGACGAAGCCAAGCGAGUGUUUGAGUACUUCAACCCGAAGCGCGUGCCCUAUGUCCCCAACCACUUGCUCGACUUUGUGACGCGACCGCUCGAAGCCGGGCGCGGGCAUGUGCUCAAGUGUUUUAUCGAGCGGAAUCGCGUUGGCCAAAACCGCCUCUCGCCGGUGUACACGCUCUUGGUCGAAGUCAACAGCUCGAGCGGCCGGCCGAUCUUAUACUGUCGGCAAAAAGCCACGAGCCAAUUUUCGUCGCACUUUGUGUUUAGCCUUAACAAGGAAGACCUCUUCUUGUCGCGUGCGAUGCGCAGCAAGCAGUUUCUCGGCAAGCUGCGCUCGGACACGCGCAAGAUGGAGUAUGCGCUCUUUGACCAAGGCGACAACCCAGAAGACAUUGACUCGGACUGCGAGAUUGAUGACGAGAUUCGCCAGCACAUUCGCGCGCAAUUGUGCAUCAUUCGCUACCACAACAUGAAAAAGGACCACCCUCGCAAGAUGGAAGUCAUCAUUCCGUCCAUCAACGAGACUGGCACCGGGUAUCUCGACUGGCGCCCCAUCACGCGCGACCAAGCGAUGGAGACGCUCUUCAACGAAAUUUCGCAAAAGGGCGGUGAAAAUGUAAUCGAAGCCGACAAGUUUAUCUGCAUGCACAAGCGUGAGACGCAGUACGACCCGCUCUCGUCCUGCAUUGUCGACUUUCGCAGCCGGGCGACGUGCGUCUCGGUCAAGAAUUUUCAAAUGGUGCACUCGCAGCCGCUCGACCAAGACCGGUACCGUGACGCGUACAUCGCCGCGCACGCCGGCUACCACUACGACGACGAGGGGACCGUGAGUGUGCCCCAAGAGCACGUGCUCUUGCAGAUGGGCCGUGUCGGGCAAAACUGCUUCAAUAUGGACUUCCAGUAUCCGCUCUCGAUGCUCCAAGCGUUUGCGAUUUGCAUUUCCCGCUUUGAUUCCAAGCAAAAAUAAGCCAAAAAAGCGCUCGCUUUUUACAUUUCA